CAAUGGCAGCCGCGAAUCCUCGAGCACUUGACCAUCCAGCUGCGGAGUGGGCGGGGCCUCCCGUCCGGACUUGCAACCUCUGGGCUGGGCAGGCGGGCCGGUCGCUGCUGGGAAUCCAUGUGGCGGGGGCUCUGGACGCUGGUAGCCCGGGCGGCACGUGGGCCUUGCAGACCGUGCGCGCGCCAGGGCAGCGGCGCCCCGGCUCCUGGGUCCGGGGCCACCAUCUUCGCGCUGAGCUCUGGCCAAGGCCGCUGUGGCAUCGCCGUGAUCCGGACCAGCGGUCCUGCCAGCGGGCACGCCCUCCGCAGCUUGACUGCACCCCGGGAGCUGCCCCGCGCCCGCAGCGCCAGCCUGCGCCUGCUCACCGACCCCCGCUCCGGGGAGCCGCUGGACCGCGCCUUAGUGCUCUGGUUCCCAGGUCCCCACAGUUUCACGGGUGAGGACUGUGCGGAGUUCCACGUGCAUGGAGGCCCGGCAGUGGUGAGUGGCGUCCUGCAGGCCCUGGGCAGGGUGCCAGGGCUGCGGCCUGCGGAGGCGGGUGAGUUCACCAGACGGGCCUUUGCCCACGGGAAGCUGAGCUUGACGGAGGUGGAGGGGCUGGCGGAUCUGAUCCAUGCGGAGACGGAGGCGCAGCGGCGGCAGGCCCUGAGGCAGCUGGACGGGGAGCUGGGUCAGCUCUGCGGUGGCUGGGCGGAGACCCUCACUAAGGCUCUGGCCCAUGUGGAGGCCUAUAUCGACUUUGGGGAGGAUGACAACCUGGAGGAGGGCAUCCUGGAGCGAGCUGACAGCCAAGUGCGGGAGCUCGAAGUGGCACUGGACACACAUCUGCGAGAUGCCAGGCGCGGGCAGCGGCUGCGCUCAGGGGCGCACGUGGUGGUCACGGGACCCCCCAACGCGGGCAAGAGCAGCCUAGUAAACCUACUCAGCCGGAAGCCAGUGUCCAUCGUGUCCCCAGAGCCGGGGACCACCCGUGACGUGCUGGAGACCCCUGUCGACCUGGCCGGGUUCCCAGCGCUGCUGAGCGACACGGCAGGGUUGCGGGAGGGUCAGGGGCCGGUGGAGCAGGAGGGUGUGCGGCGCGCCCGAGAGAGGCUGGAGCAGGCUGACCUCAUCCUGGCCGUGCUCGACGCCUCUGACCUGGCCUCUCCAUCCAGCUGCAACUUCCUGGACACGGUUGUCACCCCCGCGGUAGCUCGGAGCCCCAAUGGGAACAGCCAGCGCCUCUUGCUGGUGCUGAACAAGUCGGACCUGCUGCCCCCUGGGGGUCCAGACCUCAGCCCUGAGCUGCCCCCCCACCUGCUGCUGUCCUGCCUGACCGGGGAGGGGCUGGACGGCCUCCUGGAGGCAUUGAGGAAGGAGCUGGCUAUAGUGUGUGGGAACCCAUCCACAGGCCCACCACUUCUGACGCGGGCAAGGCACCAACAUCACCUCCAGGGUUGCCUGGAUGCCCUUGGCCACUAUAAGCAAGCUACAGAUGUGGCCCUGGCCGCCGAGGCGCUGCGCGUCGCCCGGGGACACCUGGCCCGCCUCCACGGUGGAGGGGGCACCGAGGAGAUCCUGGACAUCAUCUUCCGGGACUUCUGCGUGGGCAAAUGAGGGGACCGCUGAAGCUUGAACCAGGCUGGAUGGACACCCAGAGCCUGGAGACCCCUGGGAAUAGCUCAGGCCAAGUGAGGUUUUCAUUUCCUUGGGGAAGACCUUGACCGCAAAACACGAGUGAGCUUCCUAUUGCUGAUGGUGACCACGCUCUAGCUGGCCAGGUUCCCCCACAGGGACUUGCUGGGGUUCAGGCCCUCGAGUGGGGCUGAGCAGAGGUCCCUUUGGGCACCUGAUUCUGCGGGAGUAGCCGUGGGGGUUGGGAGGGAGUUAGGAGAGUCUCAGGGGUCUGUUUUUCGUAGUUUUAAUGUAUUUUGUAAAUACCAAAGGAAAAAAAUCUCAGGUGAUCCGGGAACGUGGAAACCCUCCCCCCACUGCCACUGGUGUCACAGCAUAACUUAUGUUCUUCUAGAACUUUCUUUGAGUGUUUGUAUACUUGUGAAUGCGCCUGUAAAAUAUGUUUUAUCUUGUAUAUUCUACAAACUUUGUGUGUUUAUUGCUCUGCGGGUUGUCAUUCCUUUUUUAAUAUUAAUCUUGGAACUUUGUCUCUUGUAUCUUAAAAGUGACUUGCAAAAUCCUGGGGGCCCUACUUCCUUUCCAA